AUAUAUAUAUAUAUAUACUACAAAAUUCUUCCGGGGGUCCGUUGACCCGUGGGUCUACCCUCCGCCCCUGGGCUUCCUAAAAGUAAAAGAUUAGUGAAAUUCGCUGAGCAAAGCUCAAGCUUUCUGGAACCAACUAUGCCAAUCAAAUGGGUUUUGCACUGGCAGCCAAAUGCUGGUACAACAGUUAACACCCAAAUCCUUUCGGAGGUUUCUCAAUGUGUCGAGAGCAUCAAUGGAGCCAAAGAAGGAAGGUGGAAAACUACUCUCAGUUUCUACAAGCCCAUACUCAGAGACCAAGCUAAUGCCAAUGAGUUUCCGCGUGAAUUUUUGGGGAUUUCACUUCAAGAACAGUCUGGCAAGUAUUACUUUGUGCUUAGAGGGCAACGCCUAGUUAUGGAAGCAGAAUCAUCAAUCCAGACUAUUAUGGAGAAGCUCCAGUCAUAUAAAACUAGAGUUGCACUUAAUUUUGAGGGGCUUCAAUACCAACUUGGUGACUUUCGGCUGCGAGUGGGAAAAGUUGUCCCAAUUCACACUGAGGCUUUGAGGGGAAUAGUAAUGGAGAUGGAGUAUCUUCCAAUUUCUUCAUGGGAAACAUCACACCAAAUCAUGGGAGAGUUUUUUGAUAUAUGGAAGGAGGCUCUCUCAAAGAGAUCGCUGCCAGGCCAUUUUGUGCAUAUUGAACCAAACUUCACAGAGUUUGCCCUUGCUGAUCAGUACUCUUCUCAGCACACAGCUGUUCAGUAUGCUUGUAUCAUGGCUCAAAUGAUAGCCACCGCUCAAUCGGCCCAGGCUAUGAGAAGUUAGGCACGUCACCACUUCAUCCCCAUCUAUAGACCCUACUUUGAAUAUGACCCUACUUUUGCUAAAAAAAAUCAUUUGGGUGUGGGUUACAUUGUGCAAGCUAAGGAUCUUAUCCUUUUACAUAAUUCGCAGCACCAUGGAAGAAUGGUUAGUGCUCGGUCCAGCUCAUACAAGGAUGAAGUGCUUAAGAAAAAUGGUACUUGUACACGCUCGUUUAGACGCCGGUUUACAUGCCCAAGUGCAAUUGUACGUGCACAAACAAUUGGUUUUAAUGUUAGUAAAGGGAAGUGUCUGUGACCCAAAAAAGAAUCGUCUGUGUGCAGUCAAUUCGGGAUCACAAAUGUUUCCCUUUACUACAAUUAAAAUCAAUUGUCUGUGCGCAGAUAAUUACACUUGGGUGUGUAAACCGGUGUGUAACACAAUUGAGUACUUGAAGCAUAUAAUUCUCAAAGUUGGCAAAUCUGUAUCAAAACCGAACCAACAUAAAAAUGAUACCAGUAUCAAUUCCGAAUCUAUAGAACCAAAAUAGGCUAGUCAAGUUCAAUUGUUUUAGAAAAAUUUAUUAAAAUAAUCUCAAUUAUUGUCAAUCUGUUAUGAAUAAUAUUGGUUAUUCUAGAACAACCCCAAGUAUAAAGAUCCUUUAUCA